GAAAAUUGUUUUCUACUUCCAUUUUUCUUUCUUUUACUUGCAUUAUUUCAGUGUCUAUACACGUAUGGUUGAUAGUACAAAUUGCAAAAAUAUAAAACGUGGAAGAUCUCGGCGAGUUUUUGUUCGUCUUUGGCAGAGUGUUAUUAAUCGAUCUUUACAUUUCAAAAUGAUUUAAGAAAAAAUAAGAUCAGAUAGUUCCUCCCCAUGUCAAUUAGUUCUAAGAGAUGUCUCUUACUGCUCCAAAAAUGCAUAAAUAUGAAGCAGCUAAAGCAAGCUCAUGCACAGGUUCUUACAUCUGGCCUCCAUAAUAGCAACUUCGUGUUGAGCAGAUUGUUGAAUUUUUGUGCAGACCCCCACAAUGGCAGUCUUUCUCAUGCAUUCAAGCUCUUCCAACACAUUCAACACCCCAGCAUUUGCAUCUGCAACAUCAUGAUCAAAGCCCUUCUGCUUCGAGGUGAAUUUCUUGACGCCGUUGUUGUUUUCUCUGCGAUGUUAAGAAAUGGGAUCCACCCCGACGCUUAUACUCUUCCUUACGUUCUAAAAGCUUCUGCGAGGAUGACAAAUUUUCACCUUGGAGAGUCUGUUCAUGCUUGUUCUAUCAAAUUGGGUUUUGUACUGGAUGAAUUUGUGGGCAAUUCUUUGCUUGUCAUGUACUGCGCGUUCGGUAACAUGAGAAAUGCAGGACAAGUGUUUGAUGAAAUGCCUGAGAUGAGUUCUGUGUCAUGGACGGUUAUGAUUUAUGGGUAUGCAAAAAUGGGUGAUGUUGACACUGCAAGAGGGUUGUUUGAUAUGGCUACGGAUAAAGAUAGAGGAAUAUGGGGCGCUAUGAUAUCUGGGUAUGUGCAGAACAAUUGCUUUAAGGAGGGGCUUCACAUGUUCCGUCUGAUGCAGCAGACUGAAAUAGAGCCUGAUGAAGCCAUAAUUGUGACAAUCCUUAGUGCUUGUGCUCAUAUGGGAGCUCUUGAUACUGGAAUUUGGAUUCAUAGGUAUUUGGGUCAGCUGGGAUUGCCAUUAACUCUGCGAGUGAGCACUGGGCUGAUAGAUAUGUAUGCAAAAUGUGGGCAUUUGAACCUCGCCAAGUACCUGUUCGAUGAAAUGUCACAGAGAGAUACUAUUUGUUGGAACGUAAUGAUUUCAGGAAUGGCAAUGCAUGGAGAUGGAGAAGGCGCACUCAAACUCUUCAUGGAGAUGGAAAAAGCUAGAAUGAAGCCGGAUGACAUUACUUUCAUAGCCGUGUUGGCUGCUUGUAGUAACUCAGGUAUGAUCGAUGAAGGUCUAAGGAUAUGGAAUAAAAUGUCUACAAUACACAAAAUUGAGCCAAAGAGUGAACAUUACGGGUGUGUAAUCGACCUGCUGAGUCGAGUUGGGAGGUUCCAGGAAGCAGAGGGAGUGAUUCAAAGGCUUCCGAAAACAGCCAGCCCUUCAGAGGAAGCAGUGGCUUGGAGGGCAUUUCUAAGCGCCUGCUGCAAGCAUGGGCGAACGCAGCAGGCUGAGGUUGCUGCUGAGAGGCUGUUCCAAUUGGAAAGACAUAGUGGGGCUUAUGUUUUGCUCUCAAAUAUGUAUGCUGCUUUGGGGAAGCAUGGGGAGGCUAAAAGAGUGAGGGAGAUGAUGAAGCUGAAAGGGGUUGAGAAGGUACCAGGUUGCAGCUCCAUCAAAGUGAAUGGGGUUGUCAAUGAAUUCAUUGCAGGGGAAAAAACACACCACCAAAUUGGUAAUAUACACUUGGUUUUGGAAGGGUUGGAUAAACAAAUUGUUCAAGCUGAUCUUGAAGGAUCUCAACAAGAGGCUAAUGCAUGAUUAAGAAAAGUGUCGCAGGCAAAGUCUAACGCAUGGGGCAUGCGUCGUAGGGAUUCAACGCAAGGAAGAUUCAUUGAAUCAGGUUGUUUGUG